AUGCACAAACCGAUCGACGAAUGUUUCGUGAAUGGAGAACGAUUCUUUAAAUGGGCAUCGAAAGCUUCUCAUCGAUCAGGUGAUCAUCGUCGGGAUGAUUGUUCUGUAAAUCUUUUCAUCGAUCCAAAUGGACACAUUCUCUAUUGGAGAAAAAAGGGAUACGAGGAAGAAAUUAGCUGGGACCAUUUGUUCAUCGAAUCGAUCGUCGAUGUUCGAGUGGGCAAAUUCGCGGAGACAACUUAUAUUUCCUCUCAACCCGAUCUCUAUUCCCAAUUGAUGACCGUGGUAACAAAUCGGGAUUUCGUUCAUCCACAAUAUUUCACCUUCAUGCAUAAAAGUAGUGCGGAAACCCUGAAGAAAUGGGCGGAUUUUCUCUUCGAUUUGUCACAAAGAAGAAGAAAGGAAUAUCACGGAGUCGAAUUCUAUCUACUCAAACAUUUGGCUCCAUUGAGAUAUCCACCAAUUCCAAAUGACAUCCCCUUGGCGAGUCUUGUCCGUGCCCUAAUGCCCCACGAGAGUUCAGCGACAAUCUCUCAGCUCACAAAAGUCCUCCUCAAUUCACCUUUCUUCAACAAAAAGGAGAUGAUUUCAAAGGAAAAAUUAACGGAUGAUCUCUUAAUGGAUAUGUUUGUUUACGUGAAUCAAAGACCCGAGCUAAGUGAUGUGUUCUUGAAGUUAGCUGACACCAAGGGUGACAACAGCGAGCCGUGCAUAAGCAGGAAGAAAUUCGGCUCAUUCCUCAACUCAAAACAGCGAGAUCCCCGUUUAAACGAGGUCCUUCAUCCACCGCCAAAUCCCAAACAAAUCGAUCAUUUGAUGAGGAAAUAUUCGAAGAGCAGUGAUUCCUUGUGUUUUUCCGGAUUUCUACGAUUUCUCCUCAGCGAUUAUUGCCCGGAUUUGGACGCGAAAAGUAUGUUCUGUGACAAGGAGAGUCUCCAUUCAUCCCUUUCUCAUUAUUAUAUCUCGUGUAGUCACAACACGUAUCUCAUUGGAGCACAAAUCGUGCAAGCAAAGCAUAUAUCGACGAUAAAACAUGAUGUGACGGCGAGUGACGUCGAGAUAUACCGACAGACUCUUCUCUCUGGAUGUCGCUGUAUUGAGUUGGAUUGUUGGGAUGGAGCUGACGGGGAACCGAUAAUCACUCACGGUCCGAUGGAGGUCACUUUCAUCAAUUCGGUUUCUUUCAAGGAUGUUGUUGAGGCGAUCGACGAGUGUGCCUUCAAGACUUCACCACUCCCCGUUUUGUUGUCCAUCGAGAACCAUUGCACCGUCCCACAACAGAGAAAAAUGGCUCACUAUUUCAAGACGAUUUUCGGGGAGAAAUUGUUAGACGAACCGUUGAGAGAAUAUCCGUUAGAUGAAAGUGUUCCCCUUCCAUCACCAUGGGAUCUCCGACACAAAAUUCUCAUUAAAGCAAAGAAGCCGACUGUGAAGAAACAUUUUGAUGAGAAUAUGACAAUUGGGAGUGUCGGGAGUAAAGGAAGUGUUGCAAGUCUUUUCCAACAAAGUCUCGGCCUACACUCACCGGCACAAAGGAGACGAAGAAAACUCGAGUUUCUUCCCUCAGAUUCGGGAAUUUCGGUUAUAAGUGAUUCCUCAAAACCCGACUCAAUGGGUGGUGGCUCGGAUACGGACUCUCUGUCGGGAGAAACCGAUGGAGAAGGGAUAAAAAGUCUUGUUGAAGAUGGAGAUGGAGAAGAUAGGAAAAGAUUUCAGCUGUUAUUGGAAAGAUCGAAUAAGGAAACGAGUCCCCUUUCGCUAAAUGGCGGUUCUCCACUUGCUGUGGCGGCCAAUAAAAAUUCCCCGCUUCACAAAACGGCGAUGGCUCCGCUGGAUCGAAAGAUUUCUCUUGAAAUCACGAGUGAACAAUUCAAAAAGCAACUCAAACCUGUCCAAGAAGUCGAAACAGUCGCAUCCGAAUUGGCGGCUCUCGUCAAUUAUCUCCAGAGUAAACCGAGCGCCAAAUUUGACAUUUUUGAUGAAAGCGACAAACGGUAUUUCGUGAUGCAUUCAUUCUCGGAAGACGCCAUUCACAAAUAUGUCAUGAAGGGGCGCGAAUCAGCCGCUCAAUUCACCCGUCACACGGUGCGCCAACUCGCGCGCGUUUACCCGUCCGGGAUGCGAUACGCGAGCACGAAUUUCAAUCCUGUGGUUUGUUGGAUGGUCGGUUGUCAAAUGACUGCGAUGAACUAUCAAACGAAUGGAUUACAAAUGCAGCUACACGAGACAAUGUUUGAAUAUAAUGGAAGGACCGGUUAUGUUCUCAAGCCUCGUUGCCUGCUCGAUCUCUCGCAAAAAUUCGAUCCUCGGGCCACCAGUUUGCAUAAUGUGAUGCCCGAAACGUUGCAAAUAUCGAUUCUCUCGGGUCAAAUGCUUUCCUCGUUGAAUCCGAAUAAAUGUCUGUCCACCUAUGUUCUUGUUGAUUUGUACGAUUUGAUUCGAGAUACGACAAGAAACAAAUUUCGCACGCGAACGGUGAAACGAAAUGGAUGGAAUCCGGUGUAUUUCGAUAAAACAUUGGAUAUGCCGUUUCGAUUUGAUAAGAUAAUCAAGCCGGAAUGCGCUUUUCUUCAUAUCCGGCUGAUGGAUGCUGAUAAUGACACUGAAUUGGCUCAACGACUAUUGCCGAUCGAUAAAUUGAAGAGGGGCUAUCGUCAUAUAAUUCUCCGAACGGCCGCCAAUAAGCCGGCCGGUCCGGCGUGCAUUUUUGUCUACAUUAAUAUUCAUUUCUUCAUUUUUGACACACAACGAGAUCUUCACGCGGCUUUCAUGGAUCCAUUGAAAGCGUCGGCGAAAAUGGAACAAAUCGCCGUCGAUUUGACGGAUCCUUUUUCGGCUGAUAAUGCUCGCUGCGAAGAAACGGAGAGCGAAGAUGAAUUUAACGUUUCGGAAAUGGUUGGCAGUGGCGGGGUGGCUCAGCCGACGAAAAACCAUCCGAAACUCCCGAAAAGUCCCGUGAAGAGAAUCGAGGACAAGUUUAGGCGAUGGAUGGGCUUUCGGAAG